AUGAAUGAGAUUAAAGUAUGCAUUUUUAUCUCAACUUUCUGCAGUAGUUGCGCGAUAUUAAUCUCGAUUUUGAUGAUACCAUCGCUCUACAGUAUUAUCAAUCGAGUGCAUAAUCGAGUAAUUGAUGAUGUUCAGAUAUUCCGUGUUGAGACCGAUUCAGCGUGGUCUCAAAUGAUGGAUAUCCAAGUGAAUGUAAUGCCUCCCGGGAAACCCCGUCAAAAUCCAUUCGAUAGUAUUUUCCGUUCGAAACGUCAAUCUGCCUUUGACGGUCUUCCGGCUUGGUGCCAGUGUGAACCAAUUAAAGUGAACUGUCCACCUGGACCAGCUGGACCUCGAGGAGCACGGGGCGAGGAUGGAAUUCCUGGUGAAGCAGGUCCACCAGGUGUGGACAACACUGUAGCGUAUCCACCAGUCACGUGUCCUCCACUGUACGAGGCAUGCAUAAGAUGCCCAGCCGGACCUCCAGGACCACCGGGUCUAGACGGAGAGCCAGGCAUGCCAGGCAUCGGUGGCGAUUUUGGCCUUACUGGGUCACCAGGUAGACCGGGACAAGCCGGUCCAGAAGGACCGCCAGGAGAUAACGGUUCUCCAGGUAGGCCUGGUGAGGAUGGUCCUCAGGGGCGUCCAGGAAGAGACUGCAACAGUGUGACCGGAAGACCAGGUCCGAAAGGUCCACCGGGAUCGCCUGGAGCACCCGGUCUUCCAGGUUCAUAUGGUGAGAAGGGUGAAGAUGGCGAGGAAGGAUUCCAAGGAUUCUCCGGCAUGGACGGUAAGCCAGGAUCGUCUGGCGCUGACGGAUCGCCUGGAGCACCAGGUCAGCCCGGUCUUCCUGGCUCAGACGCCACCUAUUGCCCUUGCCCACGUCGUUCUGAUGUUCUCUAA